AUGUCUCUCAGUCAGAAGAGUGAGUGCUGCAAGCUUGAGGAAGACCUUCAGGCCUCCAGAGAGGCCCAGGGCCCAGUAGGUGUGCAGAGCCCCGUAGCUGAGGAGGAAGAAGCCACUUCCACCUCCUUCUCUCUCUAUCCUUUGAUCCCGGGCACCCCAGGGGAGGCACCUGCCACUGGGACACUGAGUCCUCUCCAGAGUUCUCAGACAGCCUGCCUCUCUCCCACUGCUGUCACAACUGUUCCAUCAAGUCAAUCUGAUGAGAGUUCCAGAAGUCAAGAAGAGGAAGGGCUCAGCACCUCGCAGUCUCCAUCAGAUCCUGAGUCCUUGCUCACUGACGUGCUAGACAAGAACAUAGCUGAUUUGUUGCAGUUCCUGAGUGUCAAGUAUAUAACAAAGGAGCCCAUCACAAAGGCAGAGAUGCUGAAGACUAUCAUCAGAGAGCACCAGGGCCACUUCCCUGUGAUCUUCAGGAAAGUCUGUGAGUGCAUGGAAGUUGUCUUUGGCAUUGAAGUGAAGGAAGUGGAUCCCACCAGCCACUCCUAUGUGCUUGUCAGAGCACUAGACCUCACCUACGACGGGCUGCUGAGUGAUGAACAGGGUGUUCCCAAGACUGGCCUCCUGAUACUUAUCCUGGGUGUGAUCAUCAUGAAGGGCGACUGUGCCCCUGAGGAGAAAAUCUGGGAAGUGCUGAGUAUGAUGGGAGUAUACGCUGGGAGGAAGGAUUUCAUCUAUGGGGAUCCCAGGAAGCUCAUCACCAAAGAUUUCGUGCAGGAAAAGUACCUGGAGUACCGGCAGGUGCCCAACAGCGAUCCUCCACACUACGAAUUCCUGUGGGGUCCACGGGCCCACGCUGAAACCAGCAAGAGGAGAGUCCUGGAGUUUUUUGCCAAGAUCAGUGGGACUGACCCCUCUUCCUUCCCAUCCUGGUAUAAGGAAGCUUUGAGAGAUGAGAAAGAGAAAGCAGAGGCCAGAAUUGCUGCCACGGUUGAUACUACUGCCAUAGCCAGUGAAAGUUCCAGUGUCACGUCCUGCGGCUUCUGUCCUGAGUGA